UGACCUGCGCCCGUCACUUAGUGGCUAAACCACGCCCUUUCCAUUUAACCACGCCCCCGCGCGCUGUCAGUCUGAUUCCAGCCACGCCCACCGUCGUUAACCACGCCCCUUCAUGCCAUCAGCCACGCCCCCUUUCUGUCCUGGCCCCGCCCCGUACCACGCUGCUCUUUGCCCGCACCGCUCCCGGUGCCGCUCCCGAAGCCACCGAACGGACCCGGUUCCGGCCCCCGGACUCACGGGCCCGCUGCCACACCCGGACCCGCACCGCGGACCCAUGGACGGCGGUCUGCGGCCCGGAUCCCCGCAGCCGGUACCGGAGCCGCGCUCCGGACUCGCGGAACCAGACCCGAACGCGGGCGCGGACCCGGCGCCCGGACCCGCGGACGCGGAGCCCGAUCUGAAUCGCGGUCCCGAGGACCCGGACCCGGAUCGGCGUCCCGGCGCCGCGGAACCGGUUCCGGCCCCGGCGCCCGCCCCGUGCCGUUGGUUCCUGGAGGGCCGCUGCCGUUUCGGGCCGCGCUGCCGCCACCCGCACCCGGGGCAGAGUCCGACCGCCGGCCCGGAACCGGCAGCGACGCGGGAGGAACCGGGAGCGGCGGGGAAGAAGCCGCCGCUGCGCCGCGCCGCCGCCGUCCUCAGCCGCCUCCGCUGGGACCCUCGAGCGGACCCCGCGGCCGCCACCGUGGAGUUCCGCGACCGCUUCGUGGGCGUCGUGGAGCGGCCGCUGCUGGAGUUCUUCACGGGGCCGCUGUGCGACGCGGGGCCCGCGGACCUGGCGGUGCCCGAACACCGCAUCGCGCGCAUCCGCUACCGCGGGCGCUGCGUGUGGGACCGGGAGAACCGCAUCGAUCGCGUGUUCGGGUCGGGGGGGAUGGGGACCAUGCGGGAGGUGCUGGAGGAGCUGGGGGAGGGUUGGGGGGAGUGAGGGAGGGGGACGAACCCCGAAAUGCCGUCGGGGGCUCUUCUGUACCCCGGAGGUGACGGCGAGGUCCCCUCUGUGCUGGGGACGUGGGGAUGCGCACUCCUGGAGGAGCCCUCGGCUGCAGUGACGUGGGCACAGGGGUCCCUUCUGUACCCAAAAAAAGGGCACCAAAAUCCCUUUUGCAUUGGGGAUGACGACAUGGGGACGUGCACACGGGAUCCCCUUGGGCACAGGUUCACGGACACGGCGCACACACGCAUGGGGGCCCUUCUGUACCCUGAAAGAGACACGGACGUCCCUUUAGCACUGGGAUAACAUGGCGGUGAUAUGAACGCCUCACCCUGUUCUGUAGUCCCAUGGUGACAGUGAGGUCCUCUCAGCACUGGGGAUAUCGGGGACCCUUCUGUGCCACAAACACACGGAGAUGGACACUUGGGCCCCAGAGGUGACAGUGGUGUCCCUUUGGCAUCGGGGACAUGGAUGUGGGGGACCCUUCUGGUUCCCCAAAGGUGACACUGAGGUCCCCUCGGCCCUGAGGACAGGAACACCUGGACCAGGACACCGGGGUCCUUUUGUCAUGGGGAUGAGGACGCACCGGGCGUCCCUACCGUGCCCCAAAGAAAGUGGUACUGAGGUCUCCUUGGCUCCUGGCAACAAUGACAUGGGGACGUGGCACCAUUCUGUCCUCCAUGGGUGACACCGAGGUUGCCUUGGCACAGGGGACACGGACAUGGCGACGUGGACAUUGGGUCCCUCUUGGCCACGGGGGGGACAUUGAUGCCAAAGCCCCCUGAGCUCUGUCACUACACUACAGGGACAUGGACAGAGGGUCCGCUGUCCACGGGUGUACAUUCUGUACCCAAACAAAGGCACCAGAAUCCCUUCGGUGUCAGGGAUGAGGAUAUGUGAACACGGACACUGGGUCCUCUUGGCCACGGGGUGCUGUUCACUGUUCUGUUACCAUUUCUGCUCAGAGGGCAAAGACAGAAGGCCUUGGGAGGUCACCUGGUGGCCCUUUUCAUCGUCUGCCUCACCUCUGUUGCCCGUCUGCCUCAGCGUGAGAGUAAGGCCUUUGGCUUUUGGACACUCUCUCUCUUUGCAUUUGAUUUUUUAGCUCCUAUUCUAAUUAUCUUGCAUUAUUUUGUAUUACAGAGUGUUAUCUUGCA